AUCGUUCUUUUUUUUUCCCCGCGAGCGCAACCUUGCAAAUGAAUUCUCCGUAGAAUAAAAUUUCUCAAGAGAUUUGUAAGCGUCUGUGUUCAGGUGAGUUAGCGAAAGUGAAUUUUAGCUGUUUUCGUCUGAGAAAAACUUGGUUAAACUUUGACUUGGAAUAAACCAUGGCUCGUACUAAGCAGACUGCCAGGAAGAGUACUGGAGGUAAAGCUCCCAGGAAACAAUUGGCUACUAAAGCUGCUCGUAAGAGUGCCCCCUCUACUGGUGGAGUGAAGAAGCCCCAUCGUUACAGGCCUGGUACUGUCGCUCUUCGUGAGAUCAGACGAUACCAAAAGUCUACUGAAUUGCUGAUCCGUAAGCUUCCUUUCCAGCGUUUGGUGAGGGAGAUUGCUCAAGAUUUCAAAACGGAUCUUCGUUUUCAGAGUGCUGCCAUUGGAGCUCUGCAGGAAGCAAGUGAAGCCUACUUGGUUGGAUUGUUUGAAGACACCAAUUUGUGUGCCAUUCAUGCUAAACGUGUAACCAUUAUGCCGAAAGAUAUUCAGCUUGCACGCCGUAUCCGGGGUGAACGAGCUUAAUUUUAAGACUUUUCUACCUUAACCAUGUUACUCAUCACCAUCAAUGCAUAUAUAUUAUUUGUGUUUUACGUAUCUGUAUGUUUUAUUGUAUUCAUUGUAAAUUUUUUUUCUUUUUGUUAGUGGAUUUAUACUUGCAUAUAUAAAAAUAUAUGUAUUGUCAUGUUUAAAUAAAGGUGUCAAAUUUGGCGGAA